AUGGCGUUUUACAGUCAAUCCUUGUUCCUCGUACUUCUGUCUUCAUUUGCAAUUGUCUUCAGCUCAAUUGAUGAAAUUGGCGGCGGCCGUGGCGGCGUAACGGUCGAUUUGAUCCACCGGGAUUCGCCGCUCUCCCCUUUCUAUAAUCCCUCCGAAUCCAAUUUCCAACGUCUCAGAAAUUCCGUCGCACGUUCCUUUUUGCGGCGUUCGAUUUUGAAGAAGCUGCCGGAAAAGGAUUUAACGGCGCCCGUCGCGUCCAACAACGGAGAGUAUUUAAUGAAAAUUGGCAUCGGAACCCCGCCGGUGCAAAUUCCGGCGAUCGCCGACACCGGCAGCGAUCUGACGUGGAUUCAGUGCCAGCCCUGCACUAAUUGCUACAACCAAACGGCGCCGUUUUUCGACCCCAGUAAAACCUCGACUUACCGGAGCGUGCCCUGCACGUCGCCGAAAUGCCAGCUGGCGGCGAAUGGCGGCGGCGGAGGGAAUUGUGAUAAUGUCAACUCCUGUUUAUACCAAGUCAGCUACGGUGAUAAUUCCUACAGCAACGGUAAUUUAGCCGUUGAAACGUUGACUUUUACUCCGGCUAGUUCCGACGCCGGCGGCGGCGGCGCUGUGGCGUUUUCCGGCGUGGUUUUCGGAUGCGGACAUGAUAAUCAGGGCACUUUUGAUGCGAAAGGCACCGGAAUAAUCGGCCUCGGAGGAGGCGCGGUGUCGAUCGUCCGGCAGCUGAAUUCGUCGAUCGGCGGGAAAUUCUCGUACUGUUUAACGUCGGUGAACUCGAACGCCACCAGCAAAAUCAAAUUCGGCGGCGCCGCCGCCGCCAAUUCCGGCGGCGCUAACGUCUCCUCGACGCCGUUAGUGAGGAAAUCGGUGGACACAUUUUAUUACCUGACGUUGGUCGGCGUCAGCGUGGGGGCCAACAGGUUUCCGGCGAAGGUGGUCCCGAAGCAGCCCGGAGGCGGCGACGGGAACAUAAUAAUCGAUUCCGGCACGACGGUGACGUUUCUUCCCGGCGACGUGUACGGCGGGUUGGAGACGGCGAUGGUUAACGCCGUUAAGGGGAAGCGCGUGGCGGAUCCACAGGGGAUGUUCCAGCUGUGCUACGAGGUCGCCGGAAAUGGGGGGCUGAGGUAUCCUCCGGUGACGGUGCAUUUCGACGGAGCUGACGUGGCGGUGGCGCCGGAAAGUGUGUUUAUGGAGGUGGAGAAAGGGGUGGCGUGCCUGACGUUUGUGCCGGCGUCGGAAAGUGUGGGGAUGGCUAUUUUUGGAAAUUUACAUCAGAUAAAUAAUUUGAUUGGGUAUGAUCUGGAGGAGAUGAAGCUUAGCUUUAAGCCCAUGGAUUGCACUGCUAUGCCAAUUUAA